AUGGCGCGGACAACCUCACGCUCGUCACGCAACUCGACCGCAAGACUUCUCCCGCGCCGCUCUUUUCCCCGCAGACGGAGGCCGAGACGGGGAGCAGGAAGCCUGACCUGGGGGACGGCGGUGGCCUGCGCGGCUCUCGGGCCGCUGUUGUGUGCCUGCACACUGGCGCUGCCGGGCGGGAUGCUGUACCCCCCGGGGAGCCCGUCGUGGGAGCGCAGGGAGCUGGACGGCCUCUGGAGCUUCCGCGCCGACUUCUCCGACAACCGACGCCGGGACUUGGAGCAGAGGUACCGACGACCGUUGCGGGUGUUGGGCCCCACCUUGGACAUGCUGGUUCCCUCCAGCUUCAACGACAUCGGCCAGGGCUGGCGGCUGCGGCAUUUUGUCAGCUGGGUGUGGUAUGAAUGGGAGGUGACCCUGCUGGAGCGAUGGAUCCAGGACCUGCGCACAGGAGUGGUGCUGAGGAUUGGCAGUGCCAUCCUCCAUGCCAUCGUGUGGGUGAAUGGGGUUAAUGUGCUAGAGCAUGAAGGGGGCUACCUCCCCUUUGAGGCUGACAUCAGCAGCCUGUUUCAGGUGGGGCCCCUGCCCUCCCGCCCCUGCAUCACUGUCGCCGUCAACAACACGCUCACCCCCCAGCCCUGUCACCAGGGACCAUCCGUCCGACACCUCCAAAUGGGGACCAUCCUGCCUCCACUGCACGCACCCACCUUCCCGCCCCACCCUGUGGUCUUCCUGUAUCCCAAGGGUUACUUUGACUUCUUCAACUACGCGGGACUGCAGCGGUCUCUGCUUCUAUACACGACACCCGCCAUCUAUGUCGAUGACAUCACCGUCACCACCGGCAUGGAGCGAGACAGUGGUGAGGGCUUCUGGUUCCCAUCUACCUACAAAGCUGAAAUCCAGGCUUUGUGA